AUGUCGCUGGUAGUCCUCAAGCGCAUCUCGCCAGCCGUAAACGAUUUCCUAUCACUGAACCAAAGUGGUUUUCGUGCAGGAAGGUCAACAGCUGAUGUGGUCUGGUGCCAUCGGUGGUUAGCAGCUACGACCCAGCGGUACCACUGGUCAUUCAGCAUACUGGGCAUCGACAUGUCACGUGCCUUUGACACGAUCAGGCGAGGACAGUUGAUGGACGUGGUUCAGCGAUUCUUGGAAGAAGACGAGGUACGCUUGAUCCGUUACCUGAUCUCAGAUACGAAUUUGGCAGUCAGACUGGGCACGGAAACAUCAAGCUCUUUCUCCACUAACAUUGGUACCCCGCAAGGCGACUCCUUGUCGCCAAUUCUAUUCGUGAUCUACCUGGAAGCUGCCCUGCAGGAUGUGCGACAGCGAAUGGCUGCACCUGUGGCCCGGCAUCUUCCGUACGAUGUGGAGUACGCCGAUGAUGUGGACUUCAUCAGUAUCUCUAGUGAUUGGCUUCGGAUGUUAGAGCCACAGGUUGCCACCAUCUUGGGUACAUGGUCCCUUACCGUCAACCAGACCAAGACAGAAUUCACAGCCAUCCAGCGAGAGGCCGAUCGUGCUGAUGAGCCAUGGCGUAUGGUCAAGAAACUCGGCUCUCUCCUUGGUGAUGCAGAGGAUGUCACCCGCAGAAAGCAGCUUGCGGCGAUAGCGUUUAAGUCCCUCUGCCAGUUAUGGAAGAGAAGAGACCAAGUGAGUCUGGAGGUGCGCGUCCGGCUGUAUAACUGCUUCGUGUUACCUGUCUUGCUUUACAACUGCUCCUCAUGGGGCAUCACUCGACAGACAAUUGAAGCGCUGGAAUCGUAUCAUCGGCGGCAACUUCGGCAUAUCUUGGGUAUCAGGUGGCCCAACCGACUGUCGAACGAUUUGGUUUACGAGCGCUGCAGUGCUGCUCCACUUGGCAACAUUCUGGUGAAUGCAAGAUGGCGGUUGUUCGGCCACAUCCUGCGAUCAGAUGAGCACACACCGGCUAGGGAGGCCAUGAGUGGAUUCUUUGGCUGCUCCGUGCCGGGAUACCGUGGGCGGCCGCGGAUCACGCUACCGGUCCUGCUGAAUCAAGACGCGGAGCGAGUCGGCUGCCGUCUGAGGACUCCAAGGGACUUGCAGCUGAUGGCUCAGCGAGCACUGGAUCGCCGUGAAUGGACAUAUCUGUGCAACGCAGUUACAGAUGCGUACAAGGCAGAGUACUGGUGA